AUGGAUACAUCAAAAGUGAACGGUGUAAGCUCUAAUAAUAGUUCACACCACUUACAUGCGUGUAUCAAAGAUAGGAAGACUGCGAGCAGCCACUGCACGGUAAAUCUGCCGACAACCUACCCGUCCCAAGCUCUUCGGUUUCUCAAGAGAGUGGGCACCGAACACUCAGCUUCUGACGAAAUCAAUAAUACUCGGCCAUCGUCCCAGCAAGCCCAAGUCAAGUUAAAUAUCGUAAUUGUGGGUGCAGGGCUGUGUGGACUGUCACUUGCCGUUGCUCUCAGCAGACGAGGACAUUCAGUGCGGCUACUGGAGCAGGCUUCCCAACUCGGUGAGGUUGGUGCAGGCAUUCAGAUUCCUCCAAAUUCCGGACGACUCCUCCAGCGCUGGAAUGUACUUCAGCACCUGCACAAGGACGCAGUCCAACCUGAGGGCAUAUAUUUCCGUCGGUGGGAGACCGGCAACACAAUUGGAUACACAGCUCUAGGGCAGACUUUCCAAGACGAUUUCGACGUGCCGUACUAUGUGCUUCAUCGCGCGCAUUUCCAUGAGGCACUGUACCAGCGGGCGUUGGAACUCGGUGUGUCGGUGAAACUCGGGUGCAGAGUCAAAGAGUACGAAGAUAGCAAGGGCUCAGUAGUGCUAGAGAGCGGCCAAAGAAUUCAUGGAGAUCUCAUCAUAGCCGCGGACGGAAUCAACUCAGCGGCACGGGCAACACUAUUUCCUGAUACCAAUAAUGAGCCAGAUUUUCACGGCUUUGCAGCCUACAGAGCUACAGUCCCUAUCGCAAGAAUGAAAGAGGACCCAGACAUCGCUUCGAUGUUAGACAAGCCAGCUCUGAACAUCUGGAUUGGCGAAGACCGACAUGUCAUGACCUAUGCGAUUGCGGGCGGAGAGUCAUUUAACAUGGUCUUGUCUCAUAUUGACCAUUCCAAUCCAGCGAGUUGGGCAAAAAGGUUUCUCAAAGAAGAUGUCCAGAAGGAAUUCAAAGGAUGGGAUCCGAGGCUCACAAAGAUCAUCUCUCUUAUCGAUGAAUGCCUCAAAUGGCCUCUAAAAGUUGGCCGCUCACUCCAAACGUGGACUUCACCUUCAUCUCGGCUUAUCAUUGUAGGCGACGCUGCCCAUGCUAUGUUGCCCUACAUGUCGCAAGGGGCCGCGAUGGCUGUGGAGGACGGGGCCGCGCUCGCCGUCGUUCUUAACAAAAUUACAUCGCUCGAAGAACUCCCUUUUGCCCUCCGAUUGUUUGAAAAAGAGCGGAUGAAGCGGUGUGGAGACAUGCAAAACGCUAGUACAGUGAAUGGGUAUAUUUGGCACUUCCCUGAUGGCCCAGAGCAAGUGGCAAGAGAUUCUGCAAUGUCUGCCGAGGUAUUAGGUCUUCCAUUUACCAGUAGCGCUAAUCAGUGGAGUGAUCCGGUAACCCAAUGGUGGGCGUAUGGAUACGACGCCGAGAGUGUCAUGGAAGAAGCAUGGAACAAAUCUGUUCGAGAAUUGAUUGCACGUGCAGCCAAACAUGAGUGA